AUGGCUGCCUUUCCUUUUAAUAAAGGCACCGUCUCUGAUUCUAUUCAGAGGCAUGUUGUUGACAAGAUUUAUUCUUCGCACUUCGUCUUUGAACUCCCUCCAUUGAGCGACGCGGCUUGGUCUUCCAUCUGCAACAAUUCCGCGGAACGAGAUCGUCUCGAAUUUGUUGGAGACGCUUUGAUGAGUGGUACAGUGUCUGAAGAGCUAUACAGGAUCAGAAUCCAAGGUUCACCCGGUUUCUACACGAACGCGCGAAGUGCUCUAACUGCCAAUUCCACUUUUGCUCAUCUUAUGCACAGGCUCGGCCACCAUGAUAUGCGCGAUAAAGUCAAGCCUGCUGGUGAUGCCUUCGAGACCAUCAUUGCCGCCUACCGAAACGAAACCAGCGCAGAGGCUUUUCAGCAAUGGUUUCGAGACAACUUCACGCAAUUGAUUCACGUCGCUUGCGCCGCAUAUGAUUCAUGGAUGAACUUGUCAAUGCCAAGAUCAAAAGGUAGUGGUGGGAGCGUCAAGCAACGCCGACUCUUGGACAAAGCAAAGCACCGUCAGAAGGCUGAGAAACGUGCGCGAGGACUACUGUAA